CAGACACAAUUGCAGCAGCUUGCCUUCUCUUCCAUUUCCAGCGGAAAUAGGCUUCACAGCUUCCAUUCAAUUCCAAGCAUGUCUUGCCACCUGAGAUCCGCGAGCGUGCCCUCAAGCCCUCGCUCCAACAAAGCCAGCAUCGAGGAACAGCUGCAGAGCCUGAAGGCGACAGUCUCACCUUCAGCGACCGUGGAAACCAUGGUUGAUGGUCUGGCCAAGCUUGGGAGCAUUUGCAGCCUCAUCAAUGAGCUCACUUGCUUGCCCAGCAGCCAGCGUCAGCAGAGGAAGGCGCUGGAGGAGGAGCUCGACUGCUCUCUCAUCCUGCUCGACCUCUGUAACGCCAUGCAAGAGAGCUUGUUGGAGCUCAAGGCCACUGUCCAGGAGAUGCAGCUGGUUCUCAAGAGAGGAGACAAUGCGGCUGUUCAGGCCAAGGUUCAGUCCUACGCCCGCUCAGCUAAGAAGGCUCAGAAGCAGUUCAAGAAGAUCAAUGUCAAGGCUGCACCUGACAUGGAAGGGUGCAGGGUGGUCAAACUUUUGGCUGAGGCAAGAGAGAUCACCGCGUCGAUGCUCGAGUCGACGUUGCAUCUCCUGUCAAAGCAGAUCACAGCGACGAGUGCUAGCAAGUGGUCUCUUGUCUCCAAGGCAUUCCAGAAGAGGAAAGUUGUGUGCGAGGAGGAGCAGUUGCAGGUGUUGGAGUUGGACAUUGUGGAUCUUGAGAACGGAGUUGAAGCUUUGUUCAGGACAAUGAUCCAGAGCAGAGUUUCUCUUCUGAACACUCUUACCUUGUAGAUAGAUCAUUCACCAACUCUGACACCAUGCGAUUAGCAUCCGCCUUUUAGAGGAUCGGCUGAUCAUCAACACAAAAUUUUGAUGUAUAUAUGACAGUGUA